GUAUUUCUUUCUUAAUCACGAGAGAGAGAGAGAGAGAGAGAGAGAGAGAAGAAGUGAGGAGUAUAUCAGAAGCCUCAGUGGCUUACUGUUUCUCUGAUUUUGAUGCAUUGCAGAAGAAGCAAAAAUAUUUAAAUAAAAAAUCAAACCCAAAAAAUGGCAGAAAAUAAAAAUUAUAUGCAGAGAUAGAGGAGUGAGUUUAUUAUGUUUUUGCUAAGCCAAAGUAGUGUUUCUAUCUCUUCUGCAUUUUGGGUUUUUCUUUUUUUCUCUCACACCUUUCAAGUUUUAACAGAAGAAAACCAGUAAGUACAUUGCUGGUUUUCUUGCUAGAAGAGUGAGGUUUAUAGAUAAUGCAGUGUAAGGAAACAUACUUCAUAGGCAAGUUCAAUGGAUGGUAAUCUGAUGGCUGAUCCUGAUUCAGAGUUCUGCUUCCAGUCUGAUACAGUGGGUUUAAGGCAUAUCAGCAGCUCACUUUUCAGUAUUCCUGGUUUCCUUGUUGGAUUUAGCACUAAGGGAUCUUCGGAUUCUGAUUCGGUACGGAGCCCUACAUCUCCUCUUGAUUUGAGAGUUUUUGCAAAUUUUAGCAACCCAUUUAGUGUUAGAUCUCCUAGAUCAUCACCCCAAAGUGUUUAUCCAAAGAAGUGGGAUUGCAGUAAGAUAGGGUUGGGCAUUGUGAAUUUGCUUGCUGAUGAAAUUAAGCCAGAUGGUGAAGACCUUGAUUCUCCAAAGAGAAAGAAUAUUAUAUUUGGACCACAGGUGAAGGCUAAAUUUCCUAAUUCCUCAAGGUAUUCCCAUGAAUUCAUCAGUAAUUCUAUGAAAUCCAAUUCUUUGCCUAGGAAUUAUAUAAUUUCACAACUUUUCCAAGCCAGAAAAUCCAAUAUGAAGUCAGGGGAUUCUAGUCUUGUCUUUGGAAAUGAGGAACUGCCAUUAGAACCCAAACCAGAUUCCGGGCUUUCCCCCUCUUUCAUUGCCUCUACCCAAAACUCCAAUAUGAGUUCCAGAAGUUUUUGUUCAGAGAGUGGAACCAUCAGCAUUAAUAGUUCACCUCUGCCAAUUGGCAAAGCUUCGCAAGUAGAUAAUUAUUUGGUAAGUAAACCAAGUUCACUUCCUAUACCCCUUGCCCAUAGCAUGGGAUCUCUCUCCACACGCGAGAUAGAGCUUUCUGAGGAUUAUACUUGUGUAAUUUCUCAUGGUCCAAAACCCAAAAAAACUCACAUUUUUUGUGACUGUAUUUUGGAAUGUCACAACAAUGGGUUGACCAAUUUUGACAAAAAGGCAGAACCAGGAACCAAAGUGCCUCAACUGGAUAAAAGCACAGAGACUUCAGCACCUUACCCCUCUGAUGAGUUUUUGAGCUUCUGUUACUCUUGCAAGAAAAAAAUAGAGAAGGAUGAAGACAUCUACAUGUACAGAGGUGAAAAGGCAUUUUGCAGUUUUGAUUGCCGCUCUGAGGAGAUUUUUGCAGAGGAGGAAAUGGAGAAAACCUGUAAUAAUUCCUCCAAUGGUUCUCCUGAGCAUUGCGAUGAUGAAGAUCUCUUCCUUAUUGCCGUGGAUGAUCGCAGCAUAAAUCCCGAGUCAUGGAUGGCACAGCAUAGAGUUUGAUUUAUAGUCCGGGGAAUGGAUAUAGCAUAAAGACUGUUGCAUUAUAAUUUUGAUUAGAUGAGUUAGUAGUGGCCAGAAGCCCCAUCUCAUCAGUUUUCUUCUGUGUCUUUUGUUAUUGCUGCUCGUGUGUGAGCCUGUUGUAGAAGCCUCUUGAACUUGAAGAACUCAUUGUUGAAUCUUGAAUGUAUGCGACAUUUACUCCGUUCUAUGCAUUCUCUUUCAGAUGAUUCUUUUUAGUCUGCAGCUGUCUUUCAUGUUCUUUGGCAAUAUAUGACAACAAAAUGGAGAUUAAUCUUAUUUGUCUGCCAUAAUUUAUAGUUUAUGAAUG